AUGGCAAGCAAAGCCGCGCAAAAGCGUCUUACCAAGGAGUAUGUCAGCAUGCAGAAGGAGCCUCCGCCCUUCGUUUGGGCAGUUCCAGACGAAAAGAAUAUACUCACAUGGAAUUAUCUUAUCCGAGGACCCCCUGAUUCACCAUUUGCCGGAGGAGAAUACCAUGGGGUACUACUUUUUCCUUCUGAGUAUCCUUUUAAACCCCCUGGCAUCAAGAUGAUGACUCCUUCUGGACGAUUUCAACCUGACAAGAAAAUCUGUUUCUCCAUGUCAGAUUUUCAUCCGGGCUCGUGGAAUCCUGCUUGGAGUGUUGCCACUAUAUUAACUGGUCUUUUGUCCUUCAUGUUAUCUGACGAAAUGACGACCGGAUCCGUAACGUCCACUGACGUGCAUAAACGGUCGUUUGCCGCACGAAGUCACGCAUGGAAUCUGACACAACCUAGGUUUAAGGAGGCUUUUCCUGAUGUGAGUAAUUUUUUUUCUUUCUCGUACAACGAGAUGUCGACAACUCCGUGA